CCCGAGUGCGCUGCGCUCACUGAGAGCCGGAGAGCCGCCGUGUGUGGAGCAGCUGCGAAGCCGAGGACGAGGACACUCUCCGGGGACUCCAUUCCCGCUGAAAGCUCCUGCGCUGCGCUUGGAUUUUUUUACGCUGCGGUAGGACGCGCUGAAACCCACCAUCUGUUGAAGGUCGAUCAUCAACCAGCUCUGACAUGGCCAAAAGGAAGAUGGACAGCAUCGGGCGGAGCUGGAUGGUGGUGCUCAUACUGCUGUGUGAUAUUACAAAGUUUUUCGUGGAAGGGAGUCUGGGGUCAAAUGAAACUGAGCACCAGCAUCCGACCAACGUCUACCAUGACGUUGGAGUCACCAGGGACAAGAUCGUAACUGCACAGUUCGAGUGCUAUCAAAAGAUAAUGAAGGACAGCACCCACAGCAGACAAGAGCCCCUGUGUAAUCGUACGUGGGAUGGCUGGCUGUGUUGGGACGACACGAAGGCGGGGGUCAUCUCAGAGCAGCACUGCCCAGACUACUUCCAGGAUUUCGAUCCGUCAGAGAUGGUCACAAAGAUUUGCGCUGACACUGGUGACUGGUUCCUGCAUCCUGUUAGUAACCGGACAUGGAGCAACUACACCCGCUGCAAUCAACACACCAAUGAAGUCAGAGUGACUGCAAUGAAUCUUUUCUACUUAGCCCUGAUAGGACAUGGAUUGUCACUGACGUCCCUCUUAAUCUCCCUUGGAAUAUUCUUCCAUUUCAAGAGUUUAAGUUGCCAAAGGAUCACCCUUCACAAAAACCUCUUCUUCUCCUUUGUUCUCAACUCUGUCAUCACCAUUGUUCUGUUGACAGCAGUGGCAAACAACCAGGAGGUGGUACAGAGUAAUCCAACAAGCUGCAAAGUGUCCCAAUUCAUACAUCUCUACCUAUUUGGCUGCAACUACUUCUGGAUGCUGUGUGAGGGAAUAUACCUGCACACUCUCAUCGUGGUGGCCGUGUUUGCUGAGAAGCAGCAUCUAAUGUGGUACUACCUCCUCGGCUGGGGCUUUCCUCUCAUUCCGGCGACCAUACAUGCCGUUGCUCGAAGUUACUACUACAAUGACAACUGUUGGAUUAGCUCCAAAACAUCGCUACUCUACAUCAUCCACGGCCCCAUCUGUGCUGCUCUUCUGGUGAAUUUGUUCUUUCUGCUGAAUAUUGUGCGAGUGCUCAUCACCAAACUGAAGGUGACCCAUCAAGCGGAGUCGAGUCUCUACAUGAAAGCAGUGAGAGCCACCCUCAUCCUGGUGCCUCUUCUGGGAAUUCAGUAUGUGCUGCUGCCUUACAAGCCAGAGGGACGGGUGUCCUCUGAAAUCUAUGACUACAUCAUGCACAUACUUAUGCAUUACCAGGGUCUGCUGGUGGCCACCAUCUUCUGCUUUUUCAACGGAGAAGUCCAGGCAGUUCUGAGAAGGCACUGGAACCAGUAUAAUAUCCAGUUUGGCAGCAGCAUAGGAAACCACUCGGACGCCCUGCGCUCGGCAUCCUACACGGCCUCCUCCAUCACAGAGGUUCAGGGCUGCUACAGCAUCGACGGCCACACUGAACACAUGAACGGGAAGGGCUGCCACGAGGCAGACGCCUCCAUCUUAAAAUCAGAUAACCCCUUCGCCUGACAGUGACACUCUUAUCAAACACUACCCAUCCUGUCCCACCCAUAAAAACUGCAGCAUGUUUGGAGCGCUGUGGAAACCGAGGGGAAACUUGCCACUUCCCUGGAUUCACAACUUAAGAAGAAACAAGAGAGGAAAACGUCUGUAAAUCCAGGCUCUCGCCCAUUUCUCUGUCACACCGACACAGGCCCUUUAACUGUACUGUAAGGUGAGCUCGGUACAGCUACUCCUGCGCUGUCUCGUCUACAACUUGCAACUGGACCGCUUCACUCGGACUAAGAUGCAUUCUGAUGACCGUAACUUCUUUGCAGUCUUUCUGCCUGACAAAAUAGUUUUUUUAAAUGGAUGGAUAUUAACUCGAUUAUCCUCAUGGGGUCACGUCGUGCACAAAACGCCUUUAGUUACACUGUAAAUGUUUUGAAAUGGAUUAGUGCCAAACCACGAAUCCUGCCUGCCAUCAUGACAGAAUCAGAAAAGAACCAGGUGCAUAAUAAUAUAUUAAAGCAUAUAUUAUAUAUUUCACAUAUUCAACCUAAUUUAUCUGAACUUAUUUUUGUUUAUUAAAUGAAAACAGAAUAAAUACCGCACAGUAUUUAUUGACGUUAUAUAAAGUUAUAAAGUUGUGCUACAUUAUCUCAGAAUUGUAGUGUUGCAGGCUGCAUAUAGACUUUAAAAGCAUUUCUAGUUUGUUUUAGUGUUUGUUCCUACAUGUGCAGUUAAUGCAGACGAUGGUGUGAAUCAUACCAUUAGAGGUAUCAUCAUGCUAACUUUCUCAGCGUGUUUUACUGUAAGUGAUCCUUACUGUCAUGUGCAUCCUUUAAAACCACACGGAAGUUUGUAAUGUGACUUGUCGACACAAUAUUAUCACCGAGAAGCCAUCUUGAAGUCACCUGUACUCCGACAUCUGCUCAUAAUACUUGAAUGUAACAGUAACGUUUGAAGACCUGGCUCUGCUGAACAUAAACACAUCACAUUCCUGUUCACUGCUGUCUUUAGCCUUACUCUUCUUCUCUCUUAGAUGUGAACAUGACUGGGUGUUCAGACCAAAACAGCACUGUGUUUCAAAAGCGGUUGGGGGGGAUAUUUCAUCAAGUUGAAAUUUGAUGUUUGACGUAUGGUUGGUACAAGCCAUGAAUCAGUUCCUUCAUCGUGCAGCUAUACUUUUGGGGCACAUCUCUACAGUUCCAAUUCUGUGCAAAAAAUGCUUUUUACAAUCCAGACGAAGCUAAUACCAAUUAGCUGAAUCAAGUUAGUUUGCUAGCCAGUUGCAUGUUUCUCGUAAAACGCAGCACUAAAUCGCCUUUAACUUCGGAAGAUAACUAUGUUAUUUGGCUAAGACAACUUAUGUUUGCUUCGGCUUUGAAAUGCUCUAGUUUCUCAUUUUUUUUACAGUGCAGUUGUACUAAAGAAGUCAAGCUUGAGGACCCUGUGAUCACACUUUUAACUUGUGCGAAAGAAAAAGUAAAAAAUAAUGUAAAACUCUUUGUAAUCUGAGAAACACUUGUAAAUCAAUAAAAGAAAAUGCAGUUGUUAGCUUCAGCUAUGAAUUUCAUUUGUCUAGUGCCAUUGUGCUACAAAAGACAAGUGUGGAGACAAUGGAGGAUUACUGUGAUCACGCUUUCAACUUGCACGUAAAAUAAAAGGCUUAAAAAAAUGUAACGGAAACGGAAAAAAAUUAAUCCUAAGAAAGUUUUAUCAAUAAUAAUU